GGCACGAAGCACAGCCUUGAGCCAUUCUUUAGUCUAGGCAACAUUGAGUCAUUGAUGCAAUAUAUUUGGGAAUAACUUUCGAAUAAAAAAAGACCGAGGGCAAAAUAGUCAUGGAAAUAACUUUCAAAUUGGCUCCGCUCCACAGCCCCCAAUUCAAAAAUUUCAAAAACGAAACCCCUCUAUUUGACCGUUAGAUUCAGAUCCUCCAUUCCUUUUCAUUAAAAAUUGUCAGCCAUUUUUGCUUUGUUCCACAAAUUUCCACUCUCUCUCCUCACUCAGAAACCCUAAUUACGCCAUUACUGAUGUUCAAGAUUCCCUUCUUCUCCGAAACACCGAGUUCAGUGAAGACUCGGCCUGGGUUCCAUGACCCGCCCGAGUCAGCUCGGGCUACUCCGAGCAUCGCCAAAUCAAUGUCUCGCGAUAACUUGUUGCAGUCUUCAACUGAUCGAAAUUUCAAUGAUAGAGAAGAAUUUCGUGAUUCUGCUAACAAUGCGUUAGUAGUUCGAAGCUUUGAUUUGCCCGAAGAUCCUUCUUUCUGGAAAGAUCACAAUGUUCAGGUUAUUAUUAGACUUCGCCCUCUCAACAAUUCUGAGAUAUCAUUGCAAGGCCAAAAUAGGUGUGUUAGGCAAGAAAGCUCUCAAAGUAUUACAUGGACCGGACAUCCUGAAUCACGAUUCACUUUCGAUGUUGUUGCUGAUGAAAAUGUUACGCAGGAAAAGCUUUUUAAAGUGGCUGGAGUGCCUAUGGUUGAAAACUGUGUGGCAGGGUACAAUAGCUGCAUGUUUGCUUAUGGACAAACUGGAAGUGGGAAAACACACACAAUGUUGGGAGAUAUUGAAGGUGGUACUCGACGACAUAGUGUUGAUUGUGGAAUGACACCUAGAGUGUUUGAGCAUCUCUUUUCUAGGAUCCAAAAGGAAAAAGAGGCUCGGAGAGAAGAAAAGUACCGUUUUACUUGUAAAUGCUCAUUCUUGGAGAUCUACAACGAACUAAUCCUUGAUCUUUUAAACCCUUCCUCAACGAAUUUACAGAUUAGAGAAGACAUGAAGAAAGGCAUUCAUGUUGAAAACCUAACUGAGUUAGAGGUCACAAGUGCUCGAGAUGUUAUGCAACAGCUUCUUCAGGGUGCUGCAAACAGAAAGGUGGCUGCCACUAACAUGAAUCGUGCAAGUAGUCGUUCUCACAGUGUAUUCACCUGUGUUAUUGAGAGUACUUGGGAAUCGCAAGGUGUAACACAUCAUCGCUUUGCUCGACUUAAUCUUGUAGAUUUAGCUGGCUCUGAAAGGCAAAAGAGUUCUGGUGCAGAAGGUGAUCGCCUUAAAGAAGCCACAAAUAUCAAUAAGUCACUGUCAACUUUAGGACUCGUGAUAAUGAACCUCGUGAGCAUAUCCAAUGGAAAAUCUCAUCACGUGCCAUAUCGAGAUUCAAAAUUAACCUUUUUACUUCAGGACUCACUUGGAGGGAAUGCGAAAACCACUAUAAUUGCUAAUAUAAGUCCAUCCAGCUGCUGCUCACUGGAGACUCUUGGCACCCUGAAGUUCGCUCAGCGUGCUAAAUUUAUAAAGAACAAUGCCAUUGUAAACGAAGAUGCUUCUGGUGAUGUCCUUGCCAUGAGAAUGCAAAUUCAGCAAUUGAAGAAAGAAGUGUCACAUCUGCGUAGUUUACAAAAUGGAGGAGCUGGAAAUCAGGAUAAUGAUGCCAUGACAUUGGGUUUUCUAGGAUCACCUGGGGCUUUUAAGUGGGAAGGUCUUAAUGGUUCUGUAACUCCCCUGACCUCUAAUAAAAGACUGUCCCAGAAGAAAGAAAUUGAGGUUGCUCUUGUUGGGGCAUUUAGGAGGGAAAAUGAUAAAGACAUGGCAUUGCAAGCACUCACUGCUGAAAACCAGGCAGCUAUGCAGCUGGCAAAACAAAGACAAGAUGAAAUACAAGGCCUGAAAAUGAGGCUCAGGUUCAGAGAAGCAGGGAUUAAAAGAUUAGAAGCUGUUGCCUCUGGUAAGAUCUCUGCAGAGACCCACUUGUUAAAGGAAAAAGAGGAACACUUGAAAGAGAUCGAGGUCUUGCAUGCUCAAGUUAAUAAGAAUCAGGAGGUGACAAGAUUUGCGAUGGAAAAUCUGCGUUUGAAAGAAGAAAUUAGAAGAUUACAGUCUUUCUGUGAGGAAGGUGAAAGAGAAAGAAUGGUCGAACAGAUUAAUACCUUGCAGAACAAGUUACUUGAAGCACUUGAUUGGAAGCUUAUGCAUGAAUCAGAACCAUCCAAUGCUCAGCAGAAAAGGAGUCCUUGUUUGCUGACAGACAGUCCAAGCGAUUUGGACCAGCUCAACUCUAACAAGGAAUCUGCAUCACCUUGGCAAUCAUCAAUCAAAGAGGAAAAUGAAUUUCUGCGAGUGCAGGCUAUUCAAAACCAAGCAGAAAUAGAUUCUCUUCGUAAGAAACUCAACUCCUUUGUGGAGGCGAAGGAAAAAUUGGAAAGGCACAUCAAGGAUUUGGAGGCAGAGUUACAUGAAGUUAGAUCCUCCCUAAACACAAAAGAAGAAAGCCACCAAAUGCAAGUUGAUGCUACUUCGACUACAACGAAUGACAUGAACAGCAAUGACCAGCAGGAGCUCAAAGCCAUGGUUGAUGUCAUUGCAGCAGCAAGUCAAAGAGAAGCUGAAGCACAUGAAAUGGCAAUCAUACUGGCUAAGGAGAAUGAUGAAUUACGAGCUAAGAUCAAGGUUUUACUCGAGGACAAUAGUAAGUUGAUAGAUUUGUAUGAAAGGGCAGCUGCAGAGACCAAUGAAGUCAAUAAUUUAGAUGCUCAAGGUGAUGCCGAUGAAGGCCAAAAUACUGGAUCUGGUGCUAUUUCUCAGAUAAAAGACGCCGAAAUAAAAAGGCUGGAGGAUUUAGAGCAUCAACUUGCGGAAAUGCAUGAUGAAAAUGAGAAACUUAUGAGUCUGUAUGAGAAAGCAAUGCAAGAAAGAGAUGAUAUUAAAAGAUUGCUUUCAUCUGCUGUGCACAACAAUACUGCAGAGAGAGGAGAAUUCGAGUUCCCAGAAAAGCUUGUCGAGGUUGAUGGAGGAAAAUAUGCGGGGUCUUCUGAAUGUUUUGCUGAAAGCAGCAGUGGCAUGAAAGACCAGCAAAUUCUGUCUGCUGACACAGUGGUCUUAGAGGAAGCUGACACGUCUAAAUGGAAUGUGCAGAAUACAUGUGGCCAGUGUCCACCCGCUCCACUUAUAACUGAAAUUCAGAUGGAUGCGGGGUUGGAUGAAAUCCAGAAUAUUCAUGAACAGCGUCCUAUCCUGGAGGAAAAUUCUUUUGGAACAUGUGUUCAGGGCCAGUAUGAGACUAAUGAGAGUAAUGUCUUGAAAAUCCAAUGUCCUGGUGAUUCUCAGGAUGAUUUAGAUACUAGGAGGGUGCACUUCAGAACUUAUUCCGAGACAUUAACAGAGGAGGAACUUGUCCUUGUAAAGAAGGAGCUGGAGAAGGCCCGAGAAAGGCUUUCAAAUUCGGUCCACGCUGUCAGUGAAUUUGAAACCAUUGAGAAAGCAGUACUUCUAGUUGACGCAGUCUCGAGGGAGAUUGAUGCGUUAAAGGUUCUCUUGCAGUUCAAGCAACAGGAGAUUGGAUCCCUGAAACCUCUCUCAUCAGAGACGCAGGAUAGAAGUGCCCUUGUAUUUAGAAAGCUUGCAGCACUUAAAGUUUCUAUAUCAAAUAUAUCUUCAUCUAUUGCUUACUUCGAACAAAGAGAAGAUAGAGCAAAGGCAAGAAUGCAUGACUCAAUGUCAUCCUUGGGCCAACAAAAGGAAAAUCUAGUCCGUCUUCAGGUUCAAAGCAAUGAAAUCAAUGCAAAAAGAAGAGAGAUCCAAGAAACUGAAGUGGAACUGAGGAACAACUUGUGGCGCCUCAAAUCUAAACUUGAGGAGGAAAACCAAAAACAAGAAAGUCAAAGAGUUCUCCUUGCCAUUGAUAACAUUGAGAGAACCGAAGCUCCAGCUCUGAUCUGCAGCAAGGCAACUGAUUUGCUCAAAUCUGAGGAAGAAAAAACCAAAUUGCACAGCAAGAUUAAGCAAACCCAGGAAAAACUUGGUGUCAUCAAGAAGCAGGUUGAUGAUUUGAACAGGAAGGGCCAAAAGCUGGAUAGUGAAAUCCAAGUUAAAAAUGUAGAGAUGCAAAAGACUACAAAAUUGGUGCAGGAAAGGGAACUUGCCCUUCAAAAUGUCACUAAUGAAAAGGAGAUGCUUUUGGAGAUGAAAGAGAAUGGGAAGCCUGAGAUUGAUGACAUGAUAGUUGAAUAUCAGCAGUGUAUCUUCGAAGAGCAUUUCAGAGAAGAAGAGCUGAUGAUACUUGAAGAAGAUAUGUACAUGUUGUCAUUAAAAUUAGCUAUAUUUGAGAGCGAAAGAGAAGUUGCGGUUAAGAGAGCAACCCAACUCUUGUACAGAGAGCAACACAUAACAGGCCUUCCGUCUGAAAGAAUGCGACAAGAACUUGAAGAUGUUCAGAAAUCAAUUCUAGAAGCUAACACAAUACUCUUAGCCGAAAAGCCAGCAGACUGUCAAGUGGUUUUGUCAGCCAGUUCCCAUUUUGAAGCAGCUUAAAUUUUGCUUUACCAUGCUCGCUGUAUGUACUAUGUUAAAAGUCCAAGAUUCAUGUUGUACUGAAACUCACAAUUCAAAAAGUAAAUGACGAAUUCAGUGAUUAAUUCAUCACUCAAAUCGCAUAAUUAAUAAUUCAUGCUUUACAAUUCACAUACCAAUGUUUCAUUACUUGGCAA